AUGCCCACCAGGCAGCGGAGCUUCAGCCAUCUCGAGGGUCAUGAAUGGGCUCAAGGCAAGGCUACAAGUGAAGAUGAGACUGAGAAGAAGGAAGAGGCAUUAAGACGAGAAUGGUUCGCCAUCACUGUGUUUCCGCUCAUUGCAGGAACUUUUGGCCCUAUUGCCAGCGCACUCAAUAUCUGCGCCUUGGUGAGGCCGUGGAGACACGACAGCAACGGCGGCGGCGACGUCUCAGACCCGGCGUGGUUAAUCGCUCUCAAUGCAAUUUCCCUGGCUUUAGGUGUCGUGGCCAACGUCCUCAUCUUCCUCCUUGUGGAAAGAGAAGACGCUACUUUAAGGCGACAUAAUUUCCAAUUCGUUGUUGGCAACAUCGUCGCUGGUGACCUGGCUGCAUUCAUACUCAUUGGCCUCGUCAUAGGCGCCUGCGUCGCCCUCAACAACUCCUCUACGCCACAAUAUGGCUUCAACCAGGCAUUCUACUAUGCCAUCCUCGCAGCUAUACUGUACUUCAUCACCUCAACAGUGACGGUAUACACUGCCUAUACAAUCGCACACGUUCGGACUUCUCAACGAGACUCCCCGGUCGAGCUUGCAAAAGGCCACCACCGACUGAUGUUUCUGACUACUGUGUUCAUGUCGUAUAUUUUGAUCGGCGCCAUUGUCUUCUCCAACAUUGAAGGUUGGGACUAUCUCGACGCAGUGUAUUGGGCAGAUGUUACCAUUCUAACAAUCGGUUUCGGUGAUUUAUAUCUUCACACUCACCUCGGUCGUUCAUUGUUGUUUCCUUACGCUGCGUUCGGCGUCACAUUCCUGGUUUUCAUUGUUUAUUGCAUUCCUGCAGUGGUCCUGAAUCGCAGCAAAGAGAUCUGGGCCAUUCACAUUCGAGAUCGAGAACGGAUCAAGGAAGUCGAAGCACGGAGUGCCCGAACAGGAAACCCGGGUGCAAAUGGCAACCACGCCUAUCAUCCCACCGGUAAUGGCUCAGUGCCCAUUGAGCCUGUAGAGGGCAUAUCAGAGGACGACAGAAAGGCCAAGGAACGCGAGGAAUUCGAACUGAUGAAAAAGGUCUUACUUCGAUCAGCCAAGAAGCGCUUGGGAUACACUGUGGGUCUGUGGGCGACCGUCUGGUUUACCUUAUGGCUCAUAGGCGCUGUCAUUUUUUGGGUCUGUGAGCACCAACAACAUUGGUCUUACUUUGAGGCUAUCUAUUUUGCCUUCACCUCACUGCUCGUCAUUGGUUACGGUGACUUGCCUUUGAAGAGCGCCUCCGCAAAGGCUUUCUUCGUUCUCUGGUCGCUGAUUGCUAUCCCGACAUGGACAAUGUUGGUUUCCAGCAUCGCCAAGGCGGUCGGAAAUCCGUACUUUGUUGCCCAGAAGCACUGGCUGACACGAAAGCUUCUCCCAUUUAGUGGAAAGCCCAAGGAUGGAGGGAAGAAAGGUCAUUUUGGCAAGUUGCCUCGAGAGUUCCCUCCAAACGCUCACGACAGGAACCAUCUGCUGGCAAAGGUGCUCAAAAAAGUUAUCGUGGAUCAUCUGAGACACCAGCACGAUGGACAGAAGCCAGAGUACACAUUCGAAGACUGGGAGUAUAUCAUUGAUUUGAUGGGACCCCUUGAGCCUUUGGAAGGUGAGGACCAACCAAAUGGUGACGCGACUUCUCCGACCCGAACCAGAAGCAGGACAACCGAAGACUUUCGUGACGGGGAUGGAUUAAUCGAUUGGUUGCAUCCGAGCAAUCCUAUGAAUGUGACGGAUUACCUGACAGAAUGGAUGUUGAUCACCUUGAUUGAGAAGCUGGAGCAGGAACUCCUCGACAUUAGAGUGAGCUCUGGCAACGUGCCCGUUGAUGCAGGCUCCUCUCAUCAGAUUGGAGAAAAGCCUCCGAAUGGGCACCCACUGGCGUGA